CGCGCGCGGACGAGAUGGACGGAGUACAGUUUGUGUGUUUUUUUUUAACAUGAGGAUGAGCAUUAUUAAAUGCAAUUAGACUUGAUGAAAUGCCUUUAUCAAAGUCGCACCUCCGCUAGGAAAAGGUAAACAGUUGUAACCAUGGCAGCAAGUACUAUAAGGAGGCUUGAUGAGACCGUUGUUAACAGAAUAGCGGCUGGAGAGGUCAUUCAGCGACCUGCAAAUGCACUCAAAGAAAUGAUUGAAAAUUGCCUUGAUGCUCAAGCCACCAGUAUUCAAGUGACUGUGAAAUCAGGAGGGAUGAAACUCAUGCAGAUUCAGGACAACGGAACAGGAAUACGAAAAGAAGACAUGGACAUUGUGUGUGAACGUUUUACAACAAGCAAGCUGCGUCAGUUUGAAGACCUCAGUAAUAUUGCUACCUAUGGUUUCCGUGGUGAGGCUCUAGCAAGUAUCAGUCACGUUGCCCAUGUAACGAUCACAACCAGAACUGAAGAAUCUAAGUGCGCUUAUAAGGGCAGCUAUGGGGACGGUAAACUUAAAGGUCCGGUCAAGCCGUGUGCAGGAAACAAAGGAACGCAAAUAACAGUUGAAGAUCUGUUUUAUAAUGUGACAACCAGACGGAAAGCCCUUAAGAGUGCCAGUGAAGAACAUAAUAAAAUAGUUGAGGUUGUGAGUCGCUACGCUAUACACAAUGCUGGUGUAGCCUUCACCCUGAAGAAGCAAGGUGAGAGUUCAUCUGACGUCAGAACAACUCAGAAUUCCUCCACUCUCGAUACGAUAAGAACCAUCUAUGGCCCGUCUGUUGCUAGGGAAGUUAUGGAAGUUGAGAGUGAGAAUAGUAAGCUUGCUUUUAAGCUCCGUGGUUUCAUCUCCAAUGCAAAUUACUCCGUCAAGAAAUGUAUUUUCCUACUUUUCAUCAAUCAUCGUCUUGUUGAUUCAUCCAGUUUAAGGAAAGCUAUUGAGAUGGUCUAUGUUGCAUACCUCCCCAAGAAUUCCCAUCCAUUUCUUUACCUUAGUCUUGAGAUUACACCAAGCAACGUUGAUGUUAACGUGCAUCCGACUAAACAAGAAGUACAUUUCUUACACGAGGAAGCAAUAAUUGAAGAUAUCCAGAAAUGUGUGGAGCAGAAACUUCUGGGCUCAAACGCCUCAAGGACUUAUUUUACUCAGGCAUUGCUUCCUGGAGCUCCAGUAUCUGUCUCAGAAAUUACCCAGAAGUCGUCUGGGUCUUCGGAUAUCUCAAGUUCUUCAGCGUCUAAGACCGCAGUCUAUGCUCAUCAGAUGGUCAGAACUGAUGACAAGGCUCAAAAACUAGAAGCUUUUCUUCCCAAAAUGAAAAUGAUGUCGCCAUCAGUUGACUCUGAAAGAGAUGAUGAACUUUCUGAGAUGAGUAAAGGAGGCGACGUUGAGUUAAUCAAAGAUCUUGAGGAGGAGGAAAUUAACAAAAAGGAUGUAGCUACAUCUUCAACAUUCACUGCCAGGAAACGCCCAAUCGAUGAUGUCUUGCAAGAAGAUGAAGAUGUCCAGAUGUCAGGUCAAAGUUCAAGUAAAGGUCGGCGUGGGGGUGAAGGACACCAUCAUCGAGAGAUUCAAUUAACCAGCGUCUUAUCUUUACAGCAGAAGAUUGAGGAUGACAUGCAUAAAGAUUUGAGAGAGAUGUUGAGACAUCAUACUUUUGUUGGUUGCGUCAACGCAGAGUUUGCGCUGCUACAGCAUCAAACUAAGCUGUAUCUUGUCAAUACCUCCAAGCUGACCAGAGAACUCUUCUAUCAACUCAUGAUCUUUGAUUUCAGCAACUCAGGCAUCAUGAGGCUCUCUACACCAGCUUCGAUCUACGAUCUAGCGAUGUUAGCUCUGACCUCAGAGGAGAGUGGAUGGACAUCCGAUGAUGGACCCAAGGAACAAUUGGCUCAAUAUGUUCAAGAUCUUCUCGUCUCCAAAGCGGAACUACUCGACGACUACUUCUCAAUGCAGAUAGAUAAGGACGGAAACCUUUGUACUCUACCCCUUUUACUGGAUAAUUACAUACCAGCCUUAGAGAGACUGCCGAUGUAUGUACUCCGCUUAGCCACAGAGGUUGACUGGGAUGAAGAAGAGGAUUGUUUUAAGAGCUUUGCUAAAGAGACGGGUCUCUUUUAUUCAAUCCAUAAAAACAUCCGUCUGAAGGAGAGAGAUGAAAAACAAGAUCAGGAGUCGAGUGUUCCAUCGUCAACUGAGUCAGCGAUGCCAUCUUAUAAUUGGAGAUGGACAAUUGAACACGUCAUCUAUCCAGCCUUCAAAUCAAUUCUCUUACCUCCAAAGAGUUCAGCAGAAGACGCUAGCGUUCUUCAGAUUGCCAACCUGCCAGACUUAUAUAAAGUCUUUGAGAGAUGCUGAUGCUGUGUGGGCAGCGCGCCGUACCAACAAUGGCCCUCAUCACUUAACCCUGGUAGGGAUGUACUGAGAAACAAUGCUGAUGAUUGGCUCCCAAAAGUUACUACUUUGUGUGCGCACUUGUUAAAAACUUGUGUGGUUACUGGCUUGUGCUUGUGUGGCACUUGCAAAUGCAAGUAUUUUGACGCAACUCCAUUUAAACUGAAUCAUGUUUUUACACAGUCACCCAAAACGUCAUGCAGUAGGCCUAAGACAAAUCACAUGAUCAAAGAAGAAUAAGGGGGGGGGGCAGUUGUUUUUUUACCUUGAUGCCUCUGUUGCAGGUUACAAUACAGUACUUGAGCUGGCAUGGAUUGUCAGCAGGCUUAAUUGAAAUGUGCCAGAUUCCAGCACAUUAUAAUGAACCAGUUUCAAGGGUUAUGAGCCAGCAAGGCAUCCUGGAAAAAAAUUGUCUUGGUAGGAUUGAUCAUCCCUAGGACAGGGGGUGAUUCUGGUGUGAAGAUCCUUUCAAACUGCACAUCGAGGUGGUACGUCAUGGCCAAGCGGUUAAGAGCACCAGACUCGAGCUCUGGUGUUUCUGAUCAGCAGAAUGUGUUUGAGUCUCGGUCGUGGCACUUGUGUCCCUGAGCAAGAUACUGCACCAUAUUUGCUUUGUCAUUCGGUUGAGACAUUGGUAGUAAUACUUAUCAUGGAAGAGUAGUGGUUAACCUAGAAUUGCUGACAAGUCGUUAGGCACUGCCUAUUGCAAACACACAUUCUGCCAUUCAUGCAACAGUCACAGUGCGAUUUUACAUUCAUGCAACAUUAGUAGGUAGCGCGUGCGCAGCUCUAACACCACUGACUCACACACAUACUUGGAUCGAGGAUGAGUGUACCGUCCCCGUGACCACAUCGCGCUUAAAAAUGACCGACUUGAUUUCGAGACUAGGGAAACCCUGUGUUUCUGGUUCCGUAGCAAGCACCCUUCUUUACAGGUUUCCUCAGGCUCACUAAAGAGGCUUCCUUGGUUUUAUUACCAGAAAUAAUAUCUUGUUAUAAUUCUUGUCUUCAGUGAGGUUGAGCUCUUGCAUCAUCACAAUAUUUGCAAAUUGUGGCCCCAGUACUGUAAGUUUGAAUGAUGGAUCCUGUAGAUAAACAUCAUAUAUUAAUUAUAAAUGUCUUCCAUUUCUUUUAAGAGCCACUGUUCUUAUAGCAUUGUCAAAAAAUAGAUAUCUGUAUAUAUUUUAAGAAAAGUUAUAACUUUUAUAAAGAUUGUCUCUCUACAACUAUGCAAAUAUUUGGUUCUGUUUAAGACCCAUAGAGUUAUAUAUAAGAAUUAGAGGGCGCACUGGUGAUGCUUCUUGCACAAACGCAACGGGAUCGCAA